AUGAACUCAAACUUUGAAACUGCCGAACUCGAACAACUCCUCUCCUUCAACACCCCAUUGAACGGAGAAGUUGCCCGUUGGGAACGUAAGGCUACCUGUGGUGAUCGUUUCAUGCCAAGUCUCAACAACUUGUCUCAAUUCAACUUGAGCAAGGAAAACUCUGUCCCAUCGAUCGAGUCUGCCUUAAACGAUUAUUACAAGGACGCCUGUUUCGAUGCCCAAGACAUCCAAUCCAAGAUCCUCUCCUACAAGUCCAAGGCUCCAGUCUCUGCUGCUGCCUCCUCCUCCCUCCGUGUCCUCUACUCACAAAACAAGGUUGAAACCGCUGCUGUCUCUGGUGCCUCCAAGAAGGCAUUCCGUGCCAUCCCACAAGCCCCAGAACGUAUCCUCGAUGCCCCAGACAUCGUCGACGACUACUACUUGAACCUCCUCGACUGGUCCUCCCAAAACGUUAUUGCCAUUCCACUCGGCAAGACCGUCUACCUCUGGAACGCCACCACCUCUGACAUCAAGUCACUCUUUACCGUUGAGGGACAAGACGACUACAUCACCUCGCUCCAAUGGACCAAGGACGGUCAACACUUGGCUGUUGGCACCAACAGCUGUGUUGUCCAACUCUGGGACGUCGAGCAACAAAAGAAGCUCCGUGAGAUGCGUGGUCAUGCCGGCCGUGUCGGUGCUCUCUCCUGGAACAACUACAUCCUCUCGUCUGGUUCCGCCGACACCAACAUCUUUAACCACGACGUCCGUAUUCAAAACCACCACGUCUCCACCCUCUCUGGCCACACCCAAGAGGUCUGCGGUUUAAAGUGGUCACACGACGGUACCCAACUCGCCUCUGGAGGCAAUGACAACAUUGUCAAUGUCUGGGACGUCAACAACGACGCUGGAUUCGAGACCCCAAAGUUCACCUUUGAACAACAUACUGCCGCUGUCCGUGCCAUCGCAUGGUGUCCAUGGGAACAAAACCUCCUCGCUACCGGUGGUGGUGCCGCUGAUCGUACCAUCCGUUUCUGGAACACUCAAACCGGAGCUUGCGUCAACUCUAUCGACACCAUGUCCCAAGUAUGUUCCAUUCAAUGGUCUACCCACCACAAGGAACUCGUCUCCUCCCACGGCUUCUCCCAAAACCAACUCUGCGUCUGGAAGUACCCAACCAUGGCCAAGGUUGCCGAGCUCACUGGUCACACCAGCCGUGCUCUCCACACUGCCAUCUCACCAGACGGAGAGACCAUCGUCUCUGCCUCUGCCGAUGAGACCCUCCGUUUCUGGAGAAUCUUUGAAAAGGAAUCCAAGAUCCCAUCCGUCUCUCGUAAGGUUAAGGAAUCCUCUGAAACCUCUAUGAUGAGAUCCAACUUGAUUCGUUAA